UGGGUUGGGAUGGAUUUGAAGUGUCAUUCGCUCAUGAGGUAUGAAGUUGAUUGGGAUGGGAUGGGAUGGGAUGGGAUGGGAUGGGAUGGGAUGGGAUGGCUUGUAUCUCUACUCUGCAUGUUUGGGGGAGUUGACUACUUGUAGCGCGCUUGUGCUUGUGCUUGUACUAAUUCCUUAAUGGCUAGUAUGGUCUAAUGGAGUUAUGAUGUGCACUUCCACUGCUAUUUGGAUAUUUCGAUGUUUGAAUGAAUGGCUGAGACCAAUAGCUCGAUUACCAGAGGCGAAUGUGACCUUCAACAAAAGGGGAAAUAAAUCUGAAGCUGAGAAGACCAAGGUCACGUGUUUAUUCCUUGCCUUUGGGGAUCGGGGAAGGGAAGGAUGGAGUAUUCACAUUGGAAGAGGCGGGUGUCUUCCCUGCAGACAGAAGGGAAGUCCUAGUGGUUAUCUAUUGUGCAUGAUGCCCCCUAGCAAGUCAAUUUCGUUGAGCCAGAGAGUGUGUUCUGUGGCAUUUGUUUAUCAAGAGCUGUGUCACUUCAGCUGGCCAUCGUCACUAUUCACUGCACCCACUGCAACGAAUGUACCUAUCUGCGGACUUGAUCUUGCAGUCGGUUGCGGUGAAUGCUGUCGUCCCCACCUGUCACAACCGAGCAGGGUGCUACUGGUACUUCCGUACAAUCGUAGAGGAGGGGUACGCACACGCCGUAGUGGUGGUCUUUAUACCAGAAGACGAAAGUCAGUCAUGAGAUUCCGUUGUCAUGACAGGGUACGCGAUGUACGGGUACAAAAUGGGUAGAAUCAAAACAGAUGGGUUUCUGGACCAAGAAACCUACCGUAGUCGUCACGGUCUGCUGCUUCUCGAUACAGCUGCACAAAGUGCUCACGAUGCUGCCUCCUUUCGCAACGAGACUCGACCACGCCACGCCCACCAGCCGCGCAAGCGGAGCUGGAGUUGGUUCCGGUUCAGGAACCUGUCUGAGUCUUCGCGCCGGUGCGGUAAAGGUGGUGGUGACGGUCUUUGUGGGAAGUGGGUAGUGUUCUGAGCGGUAGCUCUCAGCAGGUGG